AUGGCUGAAAGGGUUGGUGCGCAAACAACGGUAGAAGGAGAAGGAACAACAUCCGAGGAGUUAACUGCAGUCACGCUGGUAGUCGACCCUUCAGCAACUGCUGCCCUGGUUACUCCUGCCGUUACUGCAGACAUUGCAACAUUUGAACCCAUAGUUUGCCUAGCCGACGAAACCUUUUUUAAUGAUUCAUGCUACUUUGUAUCGGACUAUUAUGACGAUGAUGCAAGAAAAGACUUUGAAGAAGUGUUGGCAGCUUGUGCUGAACGAGGUGCUUACCCAGUUGUUAUAACAACAGAAGACGAGCAGACAUUUCUUGGAAAUUUAGUAAAUCAGUAUAAUAACGAGAAUUAUACCGAGCAGUACUGGACAUCGGCGACUGAUGACACAUCUGAAGGAACAUGGCGAUGGGAAUCUGGUCAUGUCUGGGGUUUUCCAGUAAAUGAAACACCAUGGAGGGAAGAUAAAACUGAGCCAAAUGAUGGUGAACUCGCAAAUUGUGGUAUUUUUAGCGAGCAAGGUAGAGAUGUUGCCAUAUAUAAUUUGAUAAACACUCCAUGUGAUCGUCGAAGAGGUUACAUAUGUGAAAGAGGGAAUUGGCCGACUUGUGAAGAUCCUGGGAUUUUCGAAAAUGGAGUAUUAUUAACAGCUGUGGAAUUCCCUGCAAGUCUUGGCACAGUCCUUGAGUUUGACUGCAUCCCUGGUUACAGUGUGUCUGGCAACCAGUAUUUAGAAUGCGUUGACGCACCUGGAUGGUUGGGCUAUAUGUGGGAUAUCACACUGCCUCUACCCCAGUGUAUACCUUCAGGACAAAGCUGCGAAGAUCCAGAUGCAUCCCUGCCUCUUGUCUGGGAAAACGAUUUCCUGCCUUUUCCUGUAGAAAAUGGUGUUACAUUGACGUAUGAAUGUGAUACUGGAUCGUUAGUUGGUAGUUCAGUAUUGAUGUGUGUGGAUGGUAACUGGAAUGCUGACCUUCCUGUCUGCAGAGAAUCAGUAAAUAUUGCCUAUAACCGGAGUACUUCACAGAGUAGUACAGAUUAUGGUGGUAUGUCAUCAUUAGCAGUAGAUGGCAACAUUGACAGUCGCUACAGUGGUGGCAGCUGUACACACACUGCCCAACAGGAUAAUCCGUGGUGGCAAAUAAAUCUUGGUGAUGUGUACGAUGAAGUAACUGUUGUUAUCUACAAUGGGGCAGAAUACGCAGAUCGUCUUGAUGGUGCAGAUGUCAGUAUUAGCCCUUACGAGAAUGGUCAGUUCACAACAUGUGGUACUGCAACAUCAGAUGCAGUGGUGACUAUUACUUGCCCUUCUGGGAAGAUUGGUCAGUAUAUUACAAUUGACAAAAAGGGAUCUAAUGAAAUUCUUACAUUGUGUGAAGUUAAAGUAUUUGGUACAGUAACUACUGAAGCGUUACCAUCACAGCCAGGGACACCUGCACUGAAAAACAUUUCAGAUCCUGUACCAUCAGCAGGAUGUGAUCUAGAUUUCAGCACUCUGCCAAAUAUGACCUACAUCAGCCCACCAAGUUUACCUGUAUCCAAUGGUUCAGUGAUAACAUUCGCAUGUGAUGAAGGAUUCACGAUGAUUGGCCCAUCAAGCUUAGUGUGCAUGAAUGGCGAGUGGACUGGUGGAGACUUUCCAAAAUGUGAUGAAGAUUUUCCCGGGUCACAACUUUAUGACAUUUCCACUGGACAGCCUGCUGGUCAAAGUUCCCGUGUGUUUGGCAGUGAUCCUGAUAGAGUUACUGAUGGCAAUACGAAUACAAACUGGGAUGCCGGAACAUGUACCCAAACAAAAGUGGAAGACAACCCCUGGUUGAAGUUAGAUGUGCGUUUGAGACCACGCGAGUAUAUAUAUUAUAUUGUAGUUACAGUCCCGGCAAUGGAAGGAGGGAUUAUAAAAACGGCAGCAAGGAAUACAUAUGCUCCGGAUGUGGGUGAAACGUGUGGCGAACCUAUCACAGUGACAUCGCCCUCUACCGUUGUUAUUGAAUGUGAUCCACCUGUUAGGUCUGGCCAUGUCAGCAUCUAUGUACCAGGCUCAAACCAGACACUAAGCGUGUGUGAGUUACAAGUAUUUGCUAAAAUCCCACCAGUAUUGACAACUAUUGAACCAUUAACCACUGAAAUAACGACUGAAGAAAUAACAGAAACAUUUACUGCAGUGACUACAUUUGAACCAACCUAUAAUGUCUAUACGACUGAAAAAACAACAGAACCACCCACGAUGACUCAAAAAACGACAUUCCAACCCACAAGUGAAGUAAUUUCAACGACAUCUCAACCAACAAGUAAAGUAAUUUCAACGACAUCUCAACCAACAAGUAAAGUAAUUUCAACGACAUCUCAACCAACAAGUAAAGUAAUUUCAACGACAUCUCAACCAACAAGUAAAGUAAUUUCAACGACAUCUCAACCAACAAGUAGUGUAAUUUCAACAGAAACUCAGCCCAUUAUUACAAAAGAUAAAACAACACCCCAUACUGCAGCAGAGAUGACAACUGAAGAUAGCUAUACAACAAUACCAGAACCAAGCGUCUGUAGCUUCCCUGGCUAUCCUCCUAAUGGUAAUCUUUCUGAUACCUCUGGUAUAUCGUUCCCUGCUGCGAAUGGCACCAUAAUCAACAUUGAUUGUUGUACAGGAUUCGAACAAAGCACUAGUACUUUGACAUGUGUUGAAGACGAAUCAGGCGCAUCAUGGCAACCACCAUAUCCAGUGUGCACUCCAAGUGGUAAGAUCAUAUGUAGCAAUCCUGGCAACCUGGCGAAUGGUACAAUAUUCCCAGAUAUUGAGUACCCAGCUGCGUUUCUACAAAUACUGAACUUUACAUGUGACCCUGGAUUUGAUUUAGUUGGACCAUCUGCUAUAAUAUGCAAUAUCGAAGCAUGCGACUCAGGUUAUAGGUGGAGCGAUAAUAUACCAGAGUGUGUACCAUCAGGUUAUUGUGCAACACCUACUUUUCCUGAAUAUGUUGGCAUUCUAAACAACUCUGUUAUAUUUCCUGCGGAGAAUGGUACAACAGUUGAGUUGAAAUGUAAUCCGGCGUGGUACUUGAUGGUUGGAGAUCCAGUGACACAGUGUUUGAAUAUGACAUGGACAACGAUGCCCAAUUGUACAGUCCCACCAGAAUUGACAACUGAAGAAAUACUGACUGAAGAAAUAACAGAAAUAUUUACUGCAGUGACUACAUUUGAACCAACUUACAAUGUCUAUACAACUGAAGAAACAACAGAACCACCCACGAUGACUCAUGAAACGACAUUUCAACCAACAAGUAGUGUAAUUUCAACGGAAACUCAGCCCAUUAUUACAAAAGAUAAAACAACACCCCAUACUGCAGCAGAGAUGACAACUGAAGAUAGCUAUACAACAAUACCAGGUAAUUAA